AUGGAUGGAAGCUUCAGACAGAUGGAAGCCCCUUCUCACCCUCUUGAUCGUGGUUCUCCGGGAGCGUUGGACCUGACGGAGUUGAUCGGCGUCCCCCUGCCUCCCUCUGUCUCCUUCGUCACGGGCUUUGAGGGUUACCCCGCCUACAGCUUCGGCCCCGACGCCAACGUGGGCCGCCUCACCAAGUCCUUCAUCCCCGACCCCUUCUACUACGACUUCGCCUUCACAGUCACCGCUAAACCCACCACACGGCAAGGGGGGAUGCUGUUCGCCAUCACAGACGCCUACCAAAAAAUUGUACACUUGGGUAUCGCGUUGUCGGAGGUGGAGGAUGGGUCCCAGAGAGUCGUACUGUACUACACGGACCCCGGAACAGGGGGGACAAAGGAAGCGGCUUCCUUCAAAAUGGGAGACAUGACGGGACGAUGGGCGAGGUUUUCCCUCAUCGUACAGGGGGCAGAGGUGCGUCUCUACAUGGACUGUGAGGAGUAUCAUCGAGUGGCCUUCAGCAGGAGCCCCCGGCCUCUCACCUUUGAGCCCAGCUCGGGGAUGUUCAUCGGGAACGCUGGGGGGACGGGUCUGCAGAGGUUUGUGGGCUCCAUCCAGCAGCUGGUGCUGAAGUCAGAUCCCACGGCCCCAGAUGACCAGUGUGAGGAGGACGAUCCCUAUGCCUCUGGGUAUGGGAGCGGUGACGAUGCUUAUGACGACUUGGAGGGAAGAGACGAAGUGAAGAAGAUUGUGAACACCAUGCCCCUCCCAGAGCUGGACCCCUCCUACAGCGCCCCUGUCCAAGCGCCCCCCACAGAGAUGUCCCGGGCCUUCGUAGAUGAUGAUGAUGAUGAUGAAGACAUAGAGGAGACUUCUGGACAGGAAGUGGAGAAGACCACAGUAAUAGUGAACCCAUCUCCAACAGUUACUCCAGCCUCCAUACGUGAAACUUCCCUGCAGGUGUCUUCAGCACAGAAAGGAGAGCAAGGUGAGCCAGGUCCAUCUGGGCCCCCCGGCCCUCCAGGAACAGCCUCAGGAGGGGGCGAGGGAGGGGAACCGGGAACCCGGGGGCCACAGGGACCAGCGGGGCCCUCAGGCAAACCAGGGGCUUCUGGGAAAGAUGGACAGGCUGGAAGCAAAGGUGAAACUGGUUCCCAAGGAGCCACUGGGGUUCCAGGAUUCCCAGGACUGCAGGGCGACUCUGGUCCUAUUGGAGAGAAGGGUGAUCCUGGUCUGGGACGCCCGGGUCCUCCGGGCCCACCUGGACCUGCAGGUCCAACCAGCAAGUCUUCCAUGUUCCUGGAGGGGUCAGGAGGGUUAGAAGACUUUGACAGUGAUGCAGAGAUUAUGAGGGGGCCUCCAGGGCCACCAGGCGUCCCAGGGCAGCCGGGGCUUCCAGGAGCCCAGUCUGAGAACAUGUUUCCUGGAUCACCUGGGGCCCCUGGGAAAGAUGGGAAGGAUGGACAGAGGGGGGAACCUGGAAUUCCUGGAGUUGAUGGAAAAGAUGGCGAUCCCGGAUCUGCUGGGGAGAAUGGAGACAAGGGAGAGCCUGGUGUAAACGGGCAACCAGGAACAAAGGGGGAUCAGGGUCCUGCAGGGUUUCCAGGCCAGCCAGGCUCAGAGGGUCCAGAGGGGCAUCCUGGACCCCGGGGGGCACCGGGCCCUCCUGGCCCCCCAGGGAGAGGCUAUUCUAUGGACUUUGAGGACUUGGAAGGCUCCGGGAUGCAAAGUGGAUUUGGAUCAGCACUUUCCAGAGGCCCAGAGGGUCCUGCAGGUGUUCCUGGAAUUCAAGGACCCAGGGGUAAAGAUGGUUUGGAUGGGGGCGCAGGAAAGCCAGGGGAAAGGGGGGAGAAAGGUGCCACAGGGUCCCCAGGGUUUCCAGGACUGGAUGGAUUCAAAGGGGAAGAGGGGCUGAAGGGGGACAAAGGAGAUCCAGGACACACGGGUGAAGUGGGACGAGACGGGCUCAGUAUUCCAGGCCCUCCAGGACCACCUGGACCCCCAGGACCCCUCAUCAACCUGCAGGAUCUUCAAUUAAACGAUACGGAUGGCACCUUCAACUUCUCAGGGAUUUCUGGUCCUCAGGGUCCAAAGGGGGACGGAGGGUUGCCAGGAGUUCAGGGACCUCCAGGAAUUAAAGGUGAAAGAGGGGAGCCAGGGUUGGUCCUCGCAGACGACGGAUUGAUGUCGUCGGGCCUGGCUGCUGCACCAGGAGUCAAGGGCGAUCAUGGUUUACCUGGACCUGUUGGAAUUCAAGGCCCGACCGGACCUUCAGGACCAAAGGGAGAGUUUGGUUUUCCUGGAAGACCUGGUCGUCCAGGCACGAUGGGGCUUAAAGGAGAGAGAGGGGACGCUGCAGGCCUGCCGGGACUUCCGGGCCCUGCAGGGCUGCCGGGCCGCCCAGGAAUAUUCAACUGUCCCAAAGGAACCGUGUUCCCCCUCCCCCCAAGACCCCACUGCAAACAGACCGUAGGUUUCUGUCUCUGUAACCAAACGACACGUAAAGCACGUCUUCAUAAAUGUGUUUCUUUGCAGCCUGCGCUCAGGAACUUCCCGCUUUCUCUAUAUCCCUAAUCAUACUUUCAUGGUGGACUAAGGGUUUAAAAAACAUUAAUUGUAGUCGAUUAAAGAAGCUACUAUGCAUGUUUAAUUUCCUUAUUGAUUGAAAUCUAAUCUGCAUUCUUAGUCUCAUCACUUAAGUAUCACAUCAACAGCCUGCUGAGCCCAUUCACACAUAACUUCCUUUCCUUUUGUUUAC